CGAGACCAUGGGAGUGCUCGUGCCCGAAGAUCUGGCGGGGACGACUUACCGCGGGUUCCUCGACGUCGCCGACGACCGCCAGUUCCUCGUGCGCGUGACCAACGUGCACGGCCAGAGCCUCAAGGCCGCCGGCCUCGAGCUCGACGACCAGCUGGCGCAGCUGCUGCGCCCGCACAUGCCCGUGGUUGCCCGGCGCCUGCAGCAGAGCCCGACGCUUGCAGCCUUCAUGCUCGAGCUCCACGACCUCACGACAAGCGCCUUGCGAGCGCCUUCGUGCGCCCUCGAUGUGCACGCGCCGGCGCUCGCAUUCUUUGAGACGCUGCUCAACGACGUGGCGCAGAUCGGCUGGGACCGCAUCGCCGAGGUCAACACGGACGGCGUCGGUAACUGGAACGGCCUCCAGGUCAAGGUGGUCGACGCCAAGCAGCGCACGCACAUCGUCUCGUUUCUCAUGGACGCAGCGUACCCAGCGUCGCCGCCGCAGUGCGCCGCCGACAUCCCCGAGCCCAUGCCGCCGCUCCAGUGGUCUGGCACGAGCACCCUUGCCGACGCGCUCGACCAGGUCACGACGGUCUUGGCCAAGUACCAAGACUUUUGGGACGUUCUUGACGACUUGGACAAGAAAUGUUACGUGCUCGAGCCGGCGCGGCCGACGCGCGCGUGCAGACGGCGGCGCCUCGCGGUCGUGCCGCAAGCGUCGCUGCAUUUUGAAGUCGCCGACCCGCUCAACCCGCGCGCCUUGGUGGACGUUGUCUGGUUCGGGAACGAAGCGACGGUGGGGCCACUCCGAGAGACGCUCUACAAGCAGCUCGCCAAGUGGAAGCCCGCCGACACGCUCCGGAAGAACCUCGAGCGCGUAUUGAGCCUGAAGUUUCCGUCGCCGUCGACGACCAAGCGCGACGAGUUCCAGCAAGAGUGCGGCAUCUGCUACGCGUACCGAGCCGAGGACGGUGCGAUUCCCGGGCGCAUCUGCGACCACAAGAGCUGCGCGCGGCCCUUCCACGAGCGCUGCAUCCUCGAGUGGCUCACAUCGAUCGCCACGUCUCGGAAAUCGUUCCAAACCAUCUUUGGCGAGUGCCCGUACUGCCGCGAGCCCAUUUCGGCCAAGCUAUAAACCUGUAGGAUCC